AUGACUCAAGGCAUUCACAACUUGAAGAAUAUGCAUAUCUAACAAAACAUGAAACUAGUUAAAAAUCACUCAGUAAAAACACUAAGAGGGCAUAAUCAGGGCUUGAACUAAAAAAAUUAGACAGAAGCAAGACUUUAGACUAUAGAAUACUUACCUCUUGAAGAAGUAAAUCAGCAUACAAUCAAUCAUAAUUCUCAAAUGAAAAGCUACGUGAAGUAAAAUAAUCUAAUGAAAUUCAAUCAUCCUAAGAUUGUGAUGAGACCCUAGACUAGCAAUAAGAUACAGAUAUAGGCAGGAUAGAGUCAAUAAAGGCUAAAUAAAUAUUUCACUUUAGAAGGCUAGUUGUUUUAAGACAAUUCUCAGUCAGAGUAAAUCAACUAAGAAAUCCAGCUUCUGGUAAGAGGAUAAUCUAAUAGCACUUUGGAGACUUAUUCUCCAAGAAGGAUAAAAACAUCAUAAGUAAGAGAGAGAAAAGGCACUUAAGCUUUUAUAACUGAAGAGGGAAACGAAUUAGGAGACUGGACUUAAAGUCUGAUUUUUAGUAAUUAAACUAUAAACGAGAGAGUUAAUUUUCAUUAAAAUCCUUAGAAAUCACCUGCUAAGAAUAUAAUGUUCUCUAACUCUAUUAAGGAAUCCACUUAGUAAAAUUAGAGAAGAUAAUUAGACUUGAUAACUGGUAAAGUGCUAGAUAUCAAAUCACCCAAGACAAGAGAAACUAGUCUCAGAGCAUUCUUUUCCUAUGGAAGACAACUCUAGCAAAAGAUGCUAAAACAAGAACAAGCUUUUGAUGAUCCAAGAAAAUAGCAGCAAAUAAAAUUUCUUCAACGAUUUUAGUAGCAUAGUGACUAAUUGAAGAAAAAAAAGCUUGUUAUCAAAGACCAGAAAAUACUGAUAUAAUAAUAAUAGUCAUCAUAAUAAUCCUCUCAGCAAAUUCAAUCCUUACCUUAGCAAGAAUCUCCUUAGUAACAGCUUGCUAUCUAAGAAUAGGAGCAACUGAAUUAGAUUGAUCCAGAAUAGCAACUUAUGCUUCAAUAGAUUUAUAAUAUGGAAUACUACAACAAUGGAUCGAUGGUUCCACCAGACUAUUCUUAAAAGUAAUUUAAAAAAUUUAUGAUAGCCUAUUCUUUUAGAGCUUCUAGGCUGCCAGCUAGAUUGAGGGAAAGAAAAAAUUUUACAUCAGAAAUACAAUAUGACGACAAACCUUCAAUAGUUCUAUUGAGAAGUUCCAAGGAUUAGAAAAGUCUAAGUUAGUCUCCAGAACGACUGACUAAAGAAAGAGAGUAAAUGCUAUUCAAGUAGCUGCUUGAAUAUCAAAGAUCACCAGCUAACAUUUAUCAAAGAUAGGAAGUCAUAGACUCUAUCAAUCAAGUUAAGCUCCAGCAUCAACUCUUAAAUAGCAGACACAAGACUAUAUAUGAUUACAAAAAAUCGAACGUGGUCUAGAGUUCCAAGGUUGUGGCUCAAUCACCACAAAAUAACAAUUGGUAUCAAUAAAAAUAGUCUUAGUUGUUUCAAUCUCAAAGUGGGUUUCAUUCUAGAUAAUUAAGCGUCAAAAGAGGGUAAAAUAGUCCUCGCAAUUAUAGUCUUAAGGGUAACAGUAUCAGUCCGAAUCUUUUUAUAAUGAUUCAAGGAGAUUCAAAAAAUAUUGCUGUUGGAAGUUACAUUUCUAAUUGA